AUGCCGUCGAUCUCGCGAAUAUCCAGUCGCACGUGGAUCGUUCGUUCCAGCGCCGGCGCGGCUCGUCGUGGACACAACGCGCCGCCCUCGAGCGAAGGUCACCGCGACUGGGACCCCCCGUUUGUUCGCGUGCCAAGAGCGCUCGAUCUCGCGCGCGCGGACGGACGCGCGACGACCGAGAAGGCGAAGCGCGCGGCUUCGGCACGCCGCGGCGCGUCCGCGAGCCCGACAAUCGGAAGAAUCGCCGCUCCUCGAGUAGGGAAGAAACGGGACCGCGCGGACACCAUGGGGGCCAAGACGCUGGAGGAUCUCGAGAAGGAGAGAGCCGCGCUCGAGCAGGAGGCGUACGACGAGAAGAACAAGCUCCUGAACCAGGCGCAGUUCCAAAAGCUGCUCGACCUGCAGACGGACGAGGAGCCCGACUUCGUGCACGAGGCGCGUUCUAUACACUGGUCCCCAUACGACCGCGUCGGCGUGAUCGUCGAGAUGUACGUCACCGACGCUCGAGAGAUGCUGAAAGAGCUCGGGACGCUCUUCGACGUCGACGAGAGCGCCGUGGACUACGAUAAAGCGCGCGCGGUGUUGCAUAAGCUCAAGGGGAGCAGCAGCACGUUCGGCGCGGACGGCGUCCUCGCGAAGUGCGAGGAGCUCAGAGAGCACUGCGUCGCGACGGAUCUGAAGAAGUGCGCGAGCGGCGAGGGGAGCCUGGAGGAGCUGAAAGAGAACGUCGACCGCCUGAGCGAGUUCUUGGCCAAGUACGUCGCGAAAGGGAAGGAGAUUCACGAGUUCAAGUCGAAGAAGUGAUGCGCGCGGAGCGAUAUCGGAUCUCGGAGGACGGCGAAUCGAUUCGAUCGACGACGGAUUCGAUUCGAUCGAAGAAUUCGAUCGAUCGGAUCCGAGCGGGCGCCGACCCGGGAUGAGGUCGAAACUUUGGGGGGUCGGGGAGGGGGGGGGUCGAAGACGCCGGGGUCGCGCGGACGCCCUCGCGUCGUACAUAGUAUGCAUGCUCGCAGAUUUAAUACAUACGUCGCCGCCGCGGUGAAGG